UCCCGUGCAAACAGUUUGUGUUGGAGCUGGAGGACGCAGAGGGGGAGAGAGGGGAAAGUUGUGAAGCUGGUCUGUGUGGUUCCUCCCUCUUCCUGGGCCCUGGGCCACUGUGGAGUGACGCUUUCAAAGCCAACCAGAAUCUCAGAAUCAGGCGUUGGCUUUGCCCGGUGCUUCACAUCAAUGGAUGAGUUCCACCCGUUCAUCGAGGCGCUGCUGCCUCACGUCCGAGCCUUCUCCUACACCUGGUUCAACCUGCAGGCGCGGAAGCGCAAGUACUUCAAGAAGCACGAGAAGCGGAUGUCUAAGGACGAGGAGCGCGCGGUGAAGGACGAGCUGCUGGGCGAGAAGCCUGAGAUCAAGCAGAAGUGGGCAUCCCGGCUGCUGGCCAAGCUGCGCAAGGACAUCCGGCCCGAGUUCCGCGAAGACUUUGUGCUGACCAUCACGGGCAAGAAGCCCCCCUGCUGCGUGCUCUCCAACCCCGACCAGAAGGGCAAGAUCCGGCGGAUUGACUGCCUGCGCCAGGCCGACAAGGUGUGGCGGCUGGACCUGGUCAUGGUGAUUUUGUUUAAGGGGAUCCCCUUGGAAAGUACUGAUGGGGAGCGGCUCUACAAGUCGCCGCAGUGCUCGAACCCCGGCCUGUGCGUCCAGCCACAUCACAUUGGAGUCACAAUCAAAGAACUGGACCUUUAUCUGGCUUACUUUGUCCACACUCCGGGUAGGUUUUUUUUCAACACUCCCUCCCAGUUCGAUCUCACUUGCUGGUGUUUGUUCUCUUUAUUGUUUCUGAACAGUACUGCUUACAGCCUCACUGUAGCUUGUCCUGCUGGCCUUCCUCUGCUUCACGUGUGGAGCCCUCUCACUUGUCCAUCUUCUUCCUGUCUGCCCCACCCCUUUGCUCUCUCCCCUCUCCUCUCUUGCUAUGACAGUUUGGGCAUCUCCGUCUUUCAUGUAGUGAAGAUGCUGUCAGUUUUAGGACAGGGCCAAGAUGUCUCAUAAUUGCCCACGAUGUAAGAGUUUUGAGACAGACAACAUCAACACUAACCACUGCUGAUAGAAGAGGAGACAAGGUGCUGGGGACUAGGGAGAAGGUGCAGGCUUCAUCCAUCCCAGGGAAAGCCGGGUUUGGUAGAGGGUGGGGUUGUCAGUAAGUCCAGGAGAGAGGGGCAUGUGCCCCUGGCGGACUUAAUGACCUGGGAAGAGGCAGCCGUGGUGGGAUGGUUCUUGGGUCGGAGCUGCUGUGGCUGGGAUUUGUUUUUUAGAGAGAGUACACAGUGAGAUUCCUUGAGCUCCCUGCUCCAGGAUGUAUACACACUGUGGUGCCAGUGGCCCUGGGUCCUUCUGGAGCAGAGGGGCUUUGUGGGGAGCAGGCCUUCCAGGAAACAGCUUGCUGUAGAGGAAGUCUUAAAGAAAACCUGUGAAAACCUUCCCCCUUUGUGCCCUAAGUGUUUCCCAGUCUCCUGUGCUCUUCUAGCACUGCCCUGUGUCGGCCUGGGCUAGUUUAGCUCUGUAGCCUUGUCCCCCCCCCCACACACACACACUCAUUUCUCUUUUUCUUUUCAUAAUUUCUUUCCACUUUUGUUUUCUUACAAAUUGAAACAGAGAUGGCUGGUUAAUUUUUAGCCUCCACUCAGCUACGCCCAAUUUACCGCCGCCUUUGAAACCUAAACGGGCCGGUACUCUGUGAUUAAGCAAGGCAGAAGUGUGUUUACAUUGUACCCAACCAACUUGUAAUGAGAGGCUACCAAACCUUUGUGUGUGUGUGU